AGAGUGGUGGUCGAAAGCUUAAUGAAAAUAAAAUGCUGACAUCAAAAAAAGCCAGGUUUGAUCCCUAUGGCAAAUCUGGAUUUGCCACUUGCAGAAUAUGCAAAAGCUCUGUCCAUCAGUCUGGUUCACACUACUGCCAGGGAUGUGCUUACAAGAAAGGAAUUUGUGCCAUGUGUGGGAAGAAGGUUAUUGACACCAAGAACUACAAACAGACCUCAGUUUGAUUUAUUCUCUCGUGCUGGUGUUUAGCUGAGAAGGGGAUGUUCGUGGAUGAUUAUGUUGACUCUACUACGUGUUGAGAAUGAUCAUUUAGUUUCACAAAAGAGUUUAAUUUGCAGUGUAUUAUGGCAAAGUGCUGUGAACGAAGUGUACUGGAUUAUGACUGUAUUUAUAUGAAAAUAUGUCAGUGGUAUUUUUCUCUCACUUAACCUUAGAGCAAUAUAUUGGCUUGCACUGUUUGGACAAUGUAGAUGCCUUCUUUAAGUAUAUUUUCUGGAGAAUAUUUUUUCUAAAUAUUCUCAUUCAUUUCUUUUUGUAAAUAAUUUAUCAUUUUAAUACUACCAAGCAUUAUGAUGGCAAUUUAUUGCCUUUUUAUUCUUAGUCAUCAGACCUUACCAAACUCUAGGCUUUGACUUUUAAAUGUCAUCUCUUGCCCGAAUUAAGAAAAGAUAUAAAGAUAAGUUUGAAGUGCUAUUUUUUUCUACUGUUUUCAAGGCAGUGUCACUACGGCAGAAUCGAAUGUAAAUAUGAAGCCAGUAGACAGUGACAUCAUGCAAAUUUAAGACCGCUAUAACUUGUUAAUAACCUGUUUCCCCUUCUUAUUGUCCCACCAUUAGUUCUUUUUGUGAACACAUGUUGUAGAUAUUUUCUGAAAAUCUGUUUGUUUCCAUUUUCAGGGAUCAUUUGGAAUUACUUAAUUUUGAAUUUCCUUUAGAUGUCUUAAACCCACAUACUUAAUAGGAAUUGUUGACAGUAACUGCUGCAAAUGCUCGUACACAGUUUAUUUUGCCUUAUUUUAAGUACGAGGCGGCACAACAUAGCAAUACUUUGAUGCUGUGUAAUACCAUUCCCUUAAUAUCAGUUAAAGUAAGAAUUGACACCUGUACCAAUGUGAGACUGUUUUUACCUCUAUAAAUAAAAUUGACAACAAGCAGAGA